CUAGGGACAUGCGCAGCGACCUACGGAACGACAGGUGCGCGUCGCGCCGACGGCCGCGAAUCGUUUAGUUUCGGGUAAGCGUACGAUUCGCUUCCACCUCGGCCUCGAAACGGGUCGUCUAGUCAGUCGCUCGCGACUCUGGCUCUAACUCGGUUGUUACCACGCUCCCGCCAGCUCUUCGUCGUCGCGUCACCCUCUUUCCGCCCUCUUUCGCACACGAGAGGGAUCUCGUCAAAGGCGAUCGCGCGAUCGCAUUUAGCGCGCGAAUCACGAUGAUCCAUCGUCGCGGAAUUCUCGCCGAGAUCGUUCGUUAAAAAUUUCUUUGGCUGUUGACGCCCUGAAAUCGCCGAAGGAUUCACCGUGUCUCUUAUCGAACGCGCACGUGUCUUCAUUCCUCAUUCUUUUCACGUUCUUUCUUUCUUUCUCUUUUCGAACUUGGUCUUUUCUUUCGGUGAAACUCGCUAACGCGAAUCUUCUUUUCUCGAGAAACAACGUAAAUAUACUUUUAAAUUUGUGCUUUACACGCGCCGUCGUUUUAAUCGUCAAAAAUUCGGUAAAAACGCGCGCGUUAUAUCUUUCUGUACGCAUACGAUCGCUUCGGACAAAAUUUCGGAGUGCAAGGAGCGAAACGCGAUCGCGAUCGCGCGCCGAUAACGAAGUGAGUUUACCGCCGAUUUCGUCGGUUCGAUCGUGGAUAAUUGUGGAUACUGUGGCAUAAUUUGGUGAACAUCAUCAGCUGCCGUUUCGGUGUUCUUGAUAAAUGUGAUGCACUAGAGGAAAGUUUUCGAGAACCGUUCUCGACGGCAUAUUUCGGUAAUCUCAAGAUAGAAAGAUCCCCGCUCGAUCAUGCACCGAAGACAGGAUUUCCCACGCGAAAUGCGAGCGCUCAUCGCGGCCGUCUUCCUGUUUCUCGCCGUAGGAUCGGUCGUUCUACGUGGUGCCGAAGGAAGCGAGCCGUGGUUGAGAAGUGAAAAAUUCGNGGAAUUAGGAACGGAGGUCAUGUUGCCUUGCGUCCUGAAAUCACCGCAGUGCGAAGGUCUGCACAGCAUCAAGUGGUACCNCGGAUCCACGCGCAUCUUAAUUUUCAGCGAGGACGCUGGAANCAUACCCGGCAAUGGCGAUAUCGCAAACAGAGCCGAAAUAGAAUAUUCGACAAAUUCAUCGAAGACAUAUUUGAAGAUACCUAUGGUUCAGCUCGAAGACGAGGGUCUCUACAAAUGCGAGGCCACGUACAUGACGGUCAAUCACGAAUGCAACAACGUGCAGCACGUUAUAAUCAAUGUCACAGUUCAACCAGCGUCCGUUCGUGUUAUUGAUGAAAAUUCAAAGAAAACCUUGAGUACCGGUGCCACUUUAGGGCCUAUAAACGAGGGUUCAACGAUAUCCUUGUAUUGCGAGAGCGGCGAAGGCAAACCUGUACCCAGGGUCGAGUGGUUUAAAGGCGACCAACUACUUGAAGCGACAAGUUCGACGACCGUCACUGACACUGGAAUAGGCACCGGCAGUAGUUUGCUGGAAAUGCAAAUUACUCGCGAAGAGUUAGGUGCAACAUUUACGUGUAAAGUCAACAGUAUUGCUCUCGUGGAGCCACUUACCGUUGAUAUUAAACCAGAUGUGCAAGUGCGCCCGCUAAAGAUCGUUUUAGAAGGGGUGGUCGGUCAUGUCGUGCAAGGCACGAAGAUUUUAUUGCAGUGUACCGUAUAUUCUGCGCGACCCGCCGCCAACGUGACCUGGCAGAACGGAACGCAGCUCGUAAGCGAGAGCAAUNAGAGAUUCGAGAUGUUUGAGACGAAAGUACAUGAAAACGACGACGGUACUUCAGACACGAUAAGUUACCUUGCNUUUACAGCAUCCGUAUACGACAACGAUAGAACGUUUAAGUGUUUUGCCGAGAAUUCGGUUACACGUGCCGAAGAUCUAAAGCCAAUGAUAGACACGAAGACGAUCGAAGUGUUAUAUCCGCCAAUAAUUAAAAUGAAACCGAGUAACUUAACGGUUAAUGAGACAGAUGAUUUUAUAAUAUUUUGCGACUACGAAGCGAAUCCGGCUUCAUUGGUAAGACAAUACAAGCGAAUUUUAUUUUACCACAAACCAGUGGUGGAGGUGAUAAUGGAUCCAGAGACACCUGUGAACGAGGCGGAUCGUGUAAACGUCUCGUUAACGUGCGAGGUCGAAGCCGGCAAUCCGGCCGUGCUGUCAGNCGUCCGUUGGUAUUUGGACGGUGAUCUAUUGAAAGAACUUCCGGAUUGCCCGAGAAACAGCACCGCCAUGAUAACACCGACCGAGGAAUCGUUGACGUUCUGCGACAUUGAUCCCAGCAAACUGCUGCUGGAAUCUGUCGGUCGUUCCUUCCACGGCAACUACUCGUGCGAGGGGAGAAACGACGCCGGCUGGGGACCAGUCUCUCCAAGCACGCCUGUCAUAGUUUAUUACAAACCCGGACCGGCAUCGAUAUUCUACGAGCCGCCGCAAGUAAUGAAGAAGCAUUCAUUAUCUAUCACUUGUCUGGUUACGGAUCCCGGUCGGCCGAAGGUGUCAGGCUUCAAAUGGCUGCGCGGCUGGCACCGACUUCCAGAUGAGAACGACGCCACUCUCGUCAUCGAGUCGGUUAAUUUGGAAACCGAAGCAAAUUUCACAUGCCUGGCUUAUAACGAGGCCGGCGACGGCGACCCGGCCACAACGUUUAUCGACGUAUCUGCGGCCCCGACGUUCAUUAAGAAGCUGCACUCAUAUCGCGGUUACGUUUACAACUCGCCNAACGUGAGCAUUAUGUGCUGGGUCGAGUGCGCUCCGAUCUGCAAUAUUUCCUGGCUAAGAGAUGACGUUCCUAUGGACUUUUCGAAAACGAAUCGAUACUACGUGUCGAAUGUUUAUCAUCCGCCUGAUCCAAGAACCAAUGAUUUUGAGAGUAUCCAAUCGACUCUCGUGUGGAAUCUCACGGUCUGGCCGAACGGCCAACUCGAUCGCGCCGAGGAUAAUGUCAAAUUCACUUGCAAGAGCAGCAGCAACGGAAUCGGACUGGGUGUGGAGAGCAGUACUCACUUUCACGUCGAAUUUNCUCCGGAAGAUAUCACGAUAUCGAAGAGGAUAAUCAACGUGACGGUGNACACAAUACCGGACGUCGUCGAGUGCGACGCUAAAGCGCGACCAAAACCGAGUUUUCGAUGGUUUCGCGAGGGAUCGACCGACACCAUUAUGGAGGGUCACGUGUUCGACUUAAAGAUACCGGUGCCGCGCCGCAGUAGUGGUACUUACUACUGCGAGGCGUCGAAUCGUCACGGUAUCCUGAAUAUCUCGAUGAUCAUGAAUGUGCAAUUUAAACCGGAAUGUCACAUAGAAAAAGAGCGAAUCGAAGGCCGUGACUACGUGGUCUGUUCGUCCGUCGCGAAUCCGAAAGAGACCGACUUCACCUGGUCGUUGAAGAACGACAACGACACGCUAGAGCAAAUCGCGGAAAUGCGGAACGGAAGAAGUUACAUGAUCCUCGAUACGUCGGUCACCAACUUGCGCACGUAUGUGUGCGUGGCGAAUAACACGAUUGGCCACUCCGCGCCAUGCGAACGAGACAUACCAGCUAAUCAUGGACAUAAAAGUCACAUACCCUGGUGGCACCAAUUGGGCGGUAAUUUGCUGUUGAUUAUCAUCAUCGCCGCGGUGGUCAUUAUACUAGUCCUAAUAUUAAUCUGCGUCGCUAUCUACAUCGUUUGCCGACGGAGACACAGCNAAAUGAAAUCCGUGACUUAUAAGAGAAUCGUGCCGCGGCAGCGAGUNUUGCACAACCUGGAAUCAUCUCGCGAGACGAAUCGUGGCAAUGCAUCUCGUAAGCGAAAAAAACCAGGAGCAGAUCCCAAUCAAGCGAAUAACAAUCAUGUGAACAGCGUGUCGGAAGCUCUUCCCGACUCCGGGACAAAGACGUUCUACGAAAAUUUGCCUUUCCACGGGAUCCAAGCGCCGCCUAACAAGGUUAGUUUGAUGAUUAUCGCAUAAGAAAACGACGGUAGCGUUUUGUCAGAGA